UCUCUCUCUCUCUCUCUCUCUCUCUCUCUCUGUGUCUCUCUCUCAACUGAAGUCUGAUGGAGGAGAAGCGCGAGACUUCCGUCUCAGAGUUUUAGUUCCCAAACAUGACGUCACAGGACCUUUCCCAGCCCGGGGUGAGAGAGUGACAGUCCCGGGGUCAGGAGCGGAGCGAGGGGAGCGGAGCGGACAGUCCCGGGGUCAGGAGCGGAGCGAGGGGAGCGGAGCGGACAGUCCCGGGGUCAGGAGCGGAGCGAGGGGAGCGGAGCGGACAGUCCCGGGGUCAGGAGCGAGGGGAGCGGAGCGGAGCGGACAGUCCCGGGGUCAGGAGCGAGGGGAGCGGAGCGGAGCGGACAGUCCCGGGGUCAGGAGCGAGCGGAGCGAGGGGAGCGGAGCGGAUAGUCCCGGGGUUUCACGGGAAAAUCCGGUGAAGUGGGCGGAGCCUCUGCACAUCAAGUUAAACUUUUUGAUGCACAGGGCUCAUGGAGGGCAUCUGCUUCGAGGUGAAACCCCGAGGCGACCCCGCCCCGACAUCCCAGCCCCUCCCAGAAGGAUCAGGAGAUGAAGAUGAGGAAGAGGAGGAGAAAGAGAUCCAAUACAGAUUAACGCUGGUGGGCUCGUUAGCAGUCCACCCCCAGACCUCUAUGGCCAUGCUGCCGUGGGUGGUGGCCGAGAUCCGCAGGCCUCGGCUGAAGGAAAGGAGCUUCAGUACGAAAAUCUCUGGACCUCAAGCUAUAGAGAUACGCGAUUGUUCGGUGGUCUUGCGGAUCUCGUGUUCCUGGGUGCGGUGUGUUCUGGGCGUGGCGUGUGGGCAGGACAUGUGGGACCCAUUGCGGUGCACCGUCCUGUUUCAGCAGCGGCCGCAUCACGUCACCAAACUCAUCCACAACAGCCGAGAGCCGGGUUACUUCGGCUGCCUGAUUCGGGAUGAAACCAGAGCCACCUGCUACGUGUUCCGCUGCCACGAUGAACACAAGGUCCCAGAGAUCAUCAGCACCCUGAGGCAGGCCGGUAAGAGCUCUGCCCGUCAGGAGGACACGCCCGCCACCCAACCUGGUGACUCUCGGCAAGACGCCAGUCAUCAGGACACCCCGGAAUCAGCGACGGCCUUCGCCAAAAAGUUCGAGGUGCUGUUCUGCGGGCGGGCGGUGGUGGCACGGAAGAACGCUCCCCCGGCGCUGAUAGACGAGUGCAUCGAGAAGUUCAGCCGAGCCAACGCUACCAACUCUCUGGCUGCCGGGAUCAGGAGAGCCUUCUCACUCACGCAGGUGAUAAACGGAGUGAACGAUGGAGGAGGAAAGAGGACGCUGUUUUUCCGGAGAGAUCCGACCUUCCCGUCUCUGCAGGCGCUGGAUGAGAACGGCAUCUCGCCAGAACUACAGCGCCGGUCGGCGAACGGAGCCACAGGGGUUCAGCCAACCAGCCUGCAGGAGAACAGGACCAUGUUAUUUACGAUCGGGCGCUCUCAGAUCUUCCUGGUGAGUCCUGACAGUAAGAAAGUGGCCAUCGAGAAGAGCUUCAGGGAAAUCUCUUUCUGCUCACAGGGGAUAAGGCAUGUGGAUCAUUUCGGGUUUAUCUGCAGAGAGUCAGAUGACGGCGGGAGCUGCCAAUUUGUGUGCUACGUGUUCCAGUGUACAGACGAGGCUCUGGUGGACGAGAUCAUGCUGACUCUGAAGCAGGCGUUCUCCGUGGCCGCCCUGCAGAAAACCAGUAGGACCCAGAGCCUGCAGUGUGACUCCUGCCCCAUGCAGGAGAUGCACCGCCUCUGUGACCACAUCGAGGGUCUCCCUGCAUCCAAGGCCAAGCUGGAGUUGCAGAAGCACGUGGCUUUUCUGGAUAAUCAGGAGCAGGCGGGUGUGUUUGAGACCACCCUGAAAGCCAGACCGAAGUCCGACCAGGAGGAAAACGAGCUGGUCAUAUCGUGUUUAAGGCGACUCUAUGAAGAGAGACAGAAGACACACACGCAUGUACACAUCGCACAAACAAAACAGGAAGCUCCAGCGGUGUGUGAGGAGACGUGUACAGGUCCCGAAGGCAGCAUGAGCAGCAGCAGACUGCGUCUGGAACAGCUGAAGAGUCGAGCCAAAAGAUCACUCACAGAGUCACUGGAAGGAAUAUUGAAGAGCAACAGUAGGUCCAGGUUACAGAGAGAGAGCAGUGACAGCACCUUGUCAAACUCCACCAUCAGCAGCGCCCAUCAGGAUAUCGUCUUGGCGGAACCGCCGUCUCCGCCCCUCCUCCUGCUGCCAUCCAGCCCGCUGCGCUCCCACAAUUCCACAGGGGACCUGAAGAGCCCGGAGGCUGGAGACGUGGGUCAGGAAGGUCACGACUCCCAGGCUCAGAGCUUCAGGAGGCGAGCGAGUACGAUCAGUCACUCUCCGUCGAUGUGCUCGAGCAGCCAGAGCGUCCCGAGCGAGCAGGUGACGGCCGGGAGCAAACCCAAACUCGUACGCCAUUACUCCGUCAGCACGGACUCGCCUCAUCAGAGCAAGUCGGCUCCCGUCAGCGACCCGAGCUCCUCCGCUUCUUCCUCUUCCUCACACCUCUCCUUCUCUUCAUCUCCUGCAUAUGCAAGAUUGGUGAAGCCCAGAGCCUUUGAGCAGCUCACAAAACCCCUCAAGAGUGGAUUGAGGGCCAGGCUGUCGUCGUCGUCUUCUGUUCCAAACUUCUUAAAGUUUCUGGCUCCUGUAGAGGAGCACGAUGACUCCUGUCUCUCACCAAACCACAGAGACGUAGCGGCCCUGUCCAGCCCCGGAGCCGUAUGUGUGGUGGGACCGGACAGUCCACUCCAUCACCGCAGACACUCCUGGAGGCAGCAGAUCUUCCUCAGAGUGGCGACGCCACAGAAAGGCUCGGAGACAGCAGAAAGAGGAGAAACAUCCCUAGAGGUCGGCAGUCGACUGACGGUGGGAGGCGGAGCAGGGGGCGGGGACAGCGCACUUGGGCCGGUACCUGAAGAGAGGAGGAAAAGGAGUCGGGAGGAGCUCCGAGAGUUAUGGAAGAAAGCCAUUCUGCAGCAGAUCCUCCUCCUGAGAAUGGAGAAGGAGAACCAGAAACUGCAGGCCUCCGAGAGCGACCUCCAGAGCAGGCGGCUGAAGCUGGACUACGAGGAGAUCACACCCUGUCUGAAGGGCGUCACGCUCGUCUGGGAGAAAAUGCUCAGCACCGCCGGGAGGUCAAAGGUCAAGUUUGACACGGAGAAGAUCCACACAGCUGUCGGAGAGGGUGUCCCCCGGCAACACAGAGGUGAAAUCUGGAAGUUUCUCUCUGAACAGUAUUUACUGAGACAGCAGGUGCCCAGUGCCAAACCGCCCAAUAACGACGUGCCUUAUAAAGAGCUACUGAAGCAACUCACCUCCCACCAACACGCUAUCCUCAUAGAUCUGGGCCGUACGUUUCCCACACACCCUUAUUUCAGCGCUCAGCUGGGUGCGGGUCAGCUGUCGCUCUAUAACCUGCUGAAGGCCUACUCCUUACUCGACCCGGAGGUGGGCUACUGCCAGGGGCUGAGCUUCGUGGCCGGAGUGCUGCUGCUGCACAUGAGCGAGGAGGAUGCCUUCAACAUGCUCAAGUUCCUCAUGUACGACAUGGGGCUGCGCAAACAGUACAGACCCGACAUGAUCAUCCUGCAGAUCCAGAUGUAUCAGUUAUCCCGGCUGCUGCAUGAUUAUCACAGAGAGCUGUACAGUCACCUGGAGCAGCACGAGAUCGGACCGAGCCUGUACGCCGCGCCGUGGUUCCUCACCGCCUUCGCCUCGCACUUCCCUCUGGGUUUUGUGGCCAGAGUCUUUGACAUGCUGUUCCUGCAGGGUUCAGAGGUCAUCUUCAAGGUGGCGCUAAGCCUUCUGGGAAGCCACAAGCCACUGAUUCUGCAACACGACAAUCUGGAGUCCAUAGUGGACUUUAUUAAGAGCACGCUGCCCAACCUGGGACUGGUGCAGAUGGAGAAAACCAUUAACCAGGUGUUCGAGAUGGACAUCAGUAAGCAGCUGCAGGCGUACGAGGUGGAGUACCACGUGCUCCAGGACGAGCUCCUCGACGGCCCGUCCACUCUCAGCCAAUCGCAGCGCACCGCUCAGCUGGAGAAGACCAACGGAAGCCUGCGGCAGCAAAAUCUCGACCUGCUGGAGGAAGUUCAGGUGGCCCAUGCGAGGAUCCGUUUCCUGGAGUCCCACAUGGAGGGCCUGGUGAAGAGCGAGGCGGCGCUGCGUGUCGAGCUCACGUCUCUGGAGCAGGAGAACUCCGAGCUGCAGCACACCGUCUCCCAGCUCCAGGCUCUGCUCGCCAGCCACGGCAUCCAGUACACCUCCGCUCCGUCCUAACACACUCCCUCGUCCACUCGCGCACUCGUUUAAUCUCCUCAGGAGAAAUAAUGAGACGUGACCUCUGGGCUGGGAGCGGAGACUGGUUCUGAUGUUUUGGUGUGAGUUAUAACGCGCCCUUAUUCCCUCAGGAUGAGAGGAAGAGGAUAUAGACUCGCGAGUAGGUGCUGUCUGAGUUACAGCGCAUCUCUCUCUCCCUCCUCCCUCUCUCUCGCUCUCUCUACCACUCACAGGGAAGUUUAAGUGCCUAAAGGUCGCGGAUGUUGGAACUGCUGUGGACCCUUUUUAUAAGGUGUAACAAUGACACACCAGCACUGAUUGGCUCUCUGCCAUGCUCCGAACAAUUGUACACACUUCUCACACCACACACUGUGUGUGUGUGUAAAGUAUUUGCACCCUUUGUCUUGUGUGUUCUCUUCAUGUAAAGGCACUGCUGUUUACUGUUUAGCAUCGAUAAACAAAAACGAAUGAGUUGUACCCACUCAUGACUUUUUUUUUUUCUUUUCAACUGCCUUGAUUUCCAGACAUGAAAGUUUCGUUUUUUUCUUUGUCGUCAUAAUUACUCUCAUUAUAGUGCGUACCUGUCGAGACACAGAACCUCUGUUUUCAUUCAGUCCUUCAGAUACACGAAUCUUAUUCAAUAACAGUACCUACAAUGCACCACUGUCAGACACCAAAGCCGCCUGCGAAUCCAGACGGCGGUAUUCCCAGACACGUCCGCCACACAAUGACUGGCAGCGUCCUUUGCUCUACAUUUAAACAAUCAUCUGAACAGUAACUCGCGUGAAGCAUGACGUGACCGGUGGCCAUGUGCCGAGGUUCUGCUGUCAAGUCGGGUUGGUCCGUUUCCUGUAACAGCUGUGCAGCUGCAAAAAAGUGGCAGGUUCGUUCUAACAUGCUGUCGUUUCUAUAGCAACAGCCCAUUCACGUUGGCUUCCAUGAGAUAAACCGUGUAUGACUGUUUGAUGUAGUUUUCUCCGAGAUGUUUCGUCGAACAUUUCUGGAGUUAAUCCUGUGACGUGUCCGACGUCUUCAGGACAAAGCGUUUGCGCUUUUUUCCCAGUUUCUCGGUCACGUGAUAAGCUGAGUUUUUAUCUUGGCGAGAAAGAAAAUAUCGCUGCUGUAUAAAAUAACACGUACGGUAUUAUUUUUAACGAACCGCCUGUCCCGCUGCAUUCCCGUUUUUACGGACAUGUCUGUCUUUGAAGGGCGUCUUCACCUUAAUUUGAAAUUUUCUGGCCUGGAAGUUAGCCCCGCCCACCUCUCAGAACAUACCUGCUCGUACAGCUGCCUCUUUUCCUUAAAAGAAAUUAAAAUUGUAUGCGCAAAAGUGGGCGUGGCUUGUCUUUGGGACUUUGCAUUUUUGUGGCCCUGAAAUUAACCCUGCUUCUUGGUCCGAACGUAUUUACUCACACGUCUGCGUUAAAAGAAACAGCCAUAAGAACAUCGUAGGUUUAGAAGUGGGUCUGGCUUGUCCGGGUUUUUUUUUGUCGUAGAUGCUAAAGAUGAAACUUAGAAAAUGACAGACCACCCCUUGAACGAUCACUACAGUGCUGAGUGGAUCAUCACUGUCCAGUACUGGUACUUGUUUCCUAGACACUCCAACAUAUUAAAUGUAACUAUAAAUAGAUAAAUAAAUUGUCAGCGUUGACGAGUUGCUGUGGCGUAAGAGGGACAAACGCACUUCCAGAACAUGCUGUUAAAGGAAAGUAGUGGACUUUGCUGUGGUAACUGGAGUUGUUUAAUUGUUUUCCUAUAACAGCACGCCAAAAAAAUUUGCGUUUUCAUUAUUCUCAUUGAAUAAAAGACAGAAUUUCAGUGUAUCAUGAUGUAUAAAUCUUGUCCGUGAUAACCCAGGGCCAGAAAAAUAGAAAAGUUCUCUUUCGCAACUGUGACCAAACAAAAAUACAAGCCACGCCCACUUUUGAGCAUGCAAUUUUUUUCAUCGUGUGUUGGUUCGUUCCGACGGAGAUGCGGGGCUAAUUUCCAGGCCAGAAAAACGCAAGUGAAGGUGAAGAUGAGUUUGAUCCUGUUCAAAGUAAGAAAUGUUCGUAAACAGGGCGGGCUUUGGGUGGAGUUUAUCUCCUCCUCUGUAGUGUAAUGCAGCGUAACGGGAGGGUUGUACAAAAUACCGUACGUUUUAUUUUUAGUCUGAAAAUAUUCAUUAUCAAAAAAAUGUCUCCAAUUCCAAGAAUUCAGGUUGAGAGUAAAAUUAGCACGAACUGAACCCGAGGUUCUGACCUUCAGCGUGAAAGGAUGCUAAAGCGGCUAACGGUCAGUGAAAGCCAAUGGAAGCCCAUUAGCAUUGUAUCGUUCGGUUAUUCUGUCAUUUCUGGAAAUUAAUUUUUUUUUUUUUGGUGGGGGGGGUGUAUAAACUUUUUUUUUUUGUGUGUGUCAAAACUGAAUGAACCAAAGACAUUAAAGCAAUGUGGAACGCUG